AUGUCGAUGCAGCGAUUAACUGCAUUUAUAUUUUUUUGUGGAUAUUUUGGGAUCAGCGCACAGCAGUCACCGAUGAUGCAGAAAACAUUCGCAGAGACGCAGUUUGAUUUGGAUCCCAGCUUACCCUCAGAGGAGUUCAGCAGUGCCGUACGUGUUCCGCAGAAUGUGCCCUUGCCGACUCAACAAUUCCCGUUCGCCCUGCAGGUUCGCAGUCAGUUAUAA